AGCAGCAAAUGGCUCUGGACUUGCGAGCUCCUUUGUGUGAAGCUGCACACUCGGAGCACCAGCGGCGCGCGCCGAGUCCCUUCCGUGCACCCGGUAGCCAGCAACGCGGGGCAGCCGUUCCGAACUGGGAUCCUUGCCUCGCUUCUACCCUCGACGGCAGCUUUUUUGCUUCCUCUACUCCUCAAGGUGUGGAGAAUAAAGACACCCGAAAUAAAGCCACUGCCAAGAAAACAGAGAGCAAGAGAGGUUGGGAGGAGGGGGGAGAAAAGAACCAACUCUCCAAAGACCGAGAGCUCCAUGCCCUGUGCCUAGCCAAGUGGGUGUGUGGGGGAAACCAGAACUCCUUGAAGUUACCUGCCCUGCCGUGAGAGAACGGAGGGAGCUUUUGCUAUCUCUCUCUCUCUCUCUCUCUCUCGCAGCCAUCUGCAAAGACCGGUGCUUUUUUGGAAGACUUUCUCUCCCUCGCUCUUUUCUUUUUCAAACCGCAAACGGAUGUGAGGUAGGGAAGGUGUUUCUUUUCUUCUCCUAAACUCAGGCACCUCAGUCUUCUGGGGCUUUUUGUUUUGUUUCGGGUUUCCCCCCACUGAACAUAAUAAACACAAAGAGGGAAGACGUGGAGUUUGCUUGAAUGUUUUAGUGCAAUGGACGUAAGAUUUUAUUCACCACCACCAUCCCAGUCUGCAGCCGCUCCUGAUACUCCUUGCCUGGGACCUUCUCCUUGCUUGGACCCCUACUACUGCAACAAGUUUGACGGUGAGAACAUGUAUAUGAGUAUGACAGAACCAAGCCAGGAGUAUGUUCCAGCCAGCCAGUCUUUUCCUGGCCAAAGUCUUGAAAGUGAAGAUUUUAACAUACCUCCUAUCACUCCUCCUUCAUUACCUGACCACUCACUGGUUCAUCUGAAUGACACAGAAUCUGGUUAUCCUUCUCUGUGUCACCCAAUCAACCAUAAUGGCCUGCUUCCUUUUCAUCCACAAAACAUGGAUCUACCUGAAAUCACAGUCUCCAAUAUGCUUGGCCAAGAUGGAACGAUGCUUUCGAAUUCUCUGUCUGUGAUGCAAGAUUUACGGAAUGCAGAAGGAGCUCAAUAUAGUUCUCACCCCCAGAUGGCAGCCAUGAGACCAAGAGUUCAGCCUGGAGACAUUAGGCAGUCAGGAAUGAUGCAGCAUGGUCAGCUGACUACCAUUAACCAGUCACAACUAAGUGCUCAACUUGGUUUGAAUAUGGGUGGAAACAAUGUUCCCCACAACUCUCCAUCUCCUCCUGGAAGCAAGUCUGCAACCCCUUCACCAUCCAGUUCAGUUCAUGAAGAUGAAGGGGACGAUACGUCUAAGGCUAAUGGAGGAGAGAAGAGACCUGCUUCUGAUAUAGGCAAGAAACCCAAAACUCCCAAAAAGAAGAAGAAGAAAGACCCUAAUGAGCCACAGAAGCCAGUUUCUGCCUAUGCAUUAUUCUUCCGAGACACUCAAGCAGCUAUCAAGGGUCAAAAUCCAAAUGCUACCUUUGGCGAAGUUUCUAAAAUUGUAGCUUCUAUGUGGGAUGGCUUGGGUGAAGAACAAAAACAGGUAUACAAAAAGAAAACUGAAGCUGCCAAGAAGGAGUACCUGAAGCAGUUAGCUGCAUACAGGGCAAGCCUUGUAUCCAAGAGUUACAAUGAACCUGUUGAUGUUAAGGUAUCCCAGCAACCUCAGAUGAUCAACACAAAGCAGUCAGUGUUCCAUGGAUCUACACAGCCUCAUUCGGCAUUAUAUCUAAGUUCCCAUUACCACCAACAAGCAGGAAUGAAUCCUCACAUAACAGCCAUACACCCCAAUAUUCCUAGGAAUAUAGCACCUAAGCCCAACAACCAAAUGCCAGUGACUGUUUCCAUAGCAAACAUGGCUGUGUCCCCACCUCCAUCCCUUCAGAUGAGCCCUCCUCUUCACCCACAUCUCAGCAUACAACACCAGCCACUUACAAUGCAGCAGUCCAUUGGAAACCAGCUACCAAUGCAAGUCCAGUCUGCUUUACAUUCACCUACGAUGCAGCAAGGUUUUACUCUCCAGCCUGAUUACCAGAAUAUUAUCAACCCAACAUCUACAGCUGCGCAAGUUGUUACCCAAGCAAUGGAGUAUGUUCGUUCAGGGUGCAGAAAUCCCCCAGCACAGAGUGUGGACUGGAAUAAUGAUUACUGCAGUAAUGGGGCCAUGCAGAGAGACAAAGCAUUGUACCUUACCUGAACAUGUUUGGGAAAGCACCUCUUCUUUCCACCGAGGAAUGCAGGGAAGUCUUUUCAACAUGGAUUGCUUUAUGCAAUCAAGGCAGUUCUGCAUUUAUUUAGAAAAUAUAUAAGUUGCUAAGCACUUAGGACUAUUUGAGCUGGUGGGUCAUUAACUCUGGGAAAAUUUUUUAGUCUUGCUUCUUCCUCCACCCUCUCCUUUCUUUUUGUUUCUCCUUCAACAUCCUUUAAUGGACAUUGCUUUUCUUCUUUCCUUAAGGGACUUGGACCAUUCAGAUUUUAUGUUGGUUUUUAUUUUGCUGUGAAGUGCUGCGCUAGUAACUGCCUUAGCAACUGUAGAUGUCUUGGAUAAAAGUCCUGGAUUUUCCAUUGGUUUUCAUAAUGGGUGUUUAUAUGAAACUACUAAAGACUUUUUAAAUGGCUUGAUGUAGCAGUCAUAGCAAGGUUGUAAAUAGCAUCUAUGUUACACUCUCCUAGAGUAUAAAAUGUGAAUGUUUUUGUAGCUAAUUGUAAUUUGAAACUGGCUCAUUCCAGUUUAUUGAUUUCACAAAGGGGGUUAAAUUGGCAAACAUUCAUAUUUUUACUUCAUUUUUAAGCAACUGAUUAAUAGUUCUAUAUUUUCAGACUCUUUGAAAGAAAAGAAAAAAGGGAAAUUACUCCCAAAUGAAUUUAAUUAAACAGAAAUUGGCUUUGUGUCAUUAGUUAUACAAAAAAAAUCUAGUGUUGGGAAAAGAGCAAACACAUUUAUUUUGUACUGCCUAAAACUGCUUUUUUAUCACUUUAUGUGUAACAGUUAGUAAACGUCAUUUAUGUCCUCUUAUGUAUAAAACUGCCAAAUGCUUUCUUGAUAUUUUAUUAGAUGCAGAAACAGAUUGGAAACAGCUAAAUUAUAACCUUUACAUAUGGCUAUGUAUUAUUGUUUCUUCAUACUGUGUCUGUAUUUAAUCUUUUUUUAUGGAAGCUGUUGCGCCUAUUUAUGAAAUAAUAAAUAUAGGUGUUUGUAAGUAAAUUUGUUAGCAUCUUAAAGAAGAUUUUUUUUAAACUACUUUUGUUGGCAUCAGUGUAUUUGCUGCUGGUGAGAAUACUUUUAGUUUUUACAGUGAUAUGAAUAAAGCCAAACCAGCUUUUUCUGGCAGAGAAUGAAGUUAACCAGCAUUUAUUCUGCACUUCUGAGUUACUUUCUUUUGAUCUGAGACCAAAAGGCAGGGAAGUGCAUGCGUGGAAGAGGGAGACACAUAAGAACUUGCUGUUUCCUGGUCAUGUAAGAGAAAGCUGUUCAAGUAACAUAAUAUUUAAUCUACAUUGGCGGUCACUAAACAAAGAGAUGUAGAGUACAUCCAAAGUCUGAUGUGCACAGGGAUUUCCUCAUCCUCUUCUAUGAAGGGAAGCUUUCUGCACAUGAACAGGGAUUGUGUCACAUGUGCAGGUCAUUCCCCUGCUCAUAGAUGACCGCAGGGAAGUCCCUGUAAGUGUGCUGCUCUAAUAGAAUGUGCUGGGACAGCUGGAUCAUGGUCACAGUUUUAAAUGGAUGCCUUUGGCAUUCUAAGAACAAAAAGUAAAGGAGAAUUAUAAUGGAAAAAGAAAACCAAAAUUUAAAGUUACCAAAAAAUGUUUCAGUUAUAAAAGGAAAAAAAUAAACUAUGUCAUGAUCUUUAUGAGUAGGAAGUAGUCGUAACAAGGCUCUCUCAGUGCCUCCUAAGGAAUUACUGAAUGGCCAAGAGUAGAAUAGUGAAUAAGAGAGGACAGAUUUGAAGACUGACUAAGUUUAGAUCAUGGAUACUUACAGAGAACCCAUUCUGGAUACUACUAGCCCAUUUUUAGUUCCCAAAAUGGAGCUACCUAAGAAGGGAUGAACUGUUGUCUUAGAGGUCCAAGCGUCUCCAACUCUGGCCUCUGUGUCUUCAAUACAGAAAGAUAUGGAGGACAGAGAGGGAUUGAGCCAAUGUAUUCUAGACACAGAGGGCAGGGAUAAUGUAUCUGUAGAUAUAUAUUCGUAGACACCUUGGUCUACACCUCUAAUGUAUCCGUAGACACAGAAGGCAGGGAUCGAGCUAAUGUAUCAGUCCCUGAAUGUUAAUUGACAGCACUCUAUGUUUUUACCACUCUUUUCUCUUACUCAUCCUUCUCUCCAUCCCAAAUGAACUCCAGACUACAACUUGGUCAAGUGUGGCUCUCAUCAUUCCCAUUUCCUUUGGUUCUCUUGCCCUAGACUGCAGGCUGUACCAGACCAAGGCAUCUCUCAGUGUUUGGGGAAGAUUAAAUCAGUAGUUUUUGUUGUAUUAAUGAAUGCUCACUAUGGCAAAAAUCUAGAAUCCUUGUACUAAUCUAUUUGAUAAUCAGUUCACUUCUAUUUCAUAUUUGAAAUAGAAAUAUUGUGUUAAUCCAAUCCAAAACAAUGUAAAAAUGCCUAAAAAAUACAUUAUGUUUGCUUUGGAAUGAAAUUAGGCAAUGUAUAACCUUGAAUCACUUGAGCAUGUAAAAACUAAUAAAUAAUGCAGAUCAGAUGUGAUUACUGAAAUGGCUGUAGCUGAGUUCUAAUUUUGCUUGUCUUGAAUCCAUGUAGGAAGUCCUGAUUACAUUCACAGUUUAUUGUCUUCUGUUGAGUAAUUUAGAAAUAUACCAGCACUAAUAAUUAACUAAUGUCUCCUAUUUAUUCUGUUAUGGUAAAACUUCAUUUCCUGCUCAAAUAAAUUCUAUAAAAAGUACAAGCAAUGGUUAGUGGUUAUGGGAACCAGCUUUGACAGGAUUUGAUGGGAGAGUGUUGUAUCAUCAGCAUAUUUUCUAGAGUGUGUGCACUGACACAAUAUACCAUUUAUUAAUUGGUCAGUCACAAUCCAAGGUUCAAACUAGAAGCAAAUAUUAAUGUCAAUAAAAAGUACAUCAUAAACAAA